GGCGCCGGCUUCCACUGUGGCCUGUGAUAAACAACUCCUUUUUUGGAGAGUUGGCGCGCAAUCCCUUACCACCCUAUGAGAGAGAUCCACGUGGCAGCUUGGGAUUGCUAUGCAGGAGGCUUUAUUAGGCUGUGCUUGGGCGCUCGGCGGGGGUCACUAGAAGAUGAUACUUGAAUCAAGGCCUGAAUAAACUGCUGAAAGAAGAAUCCUGUGUCGUGUUUUCCCUUGCAGGUGAGGGGUCGUGACAAUUGGUGGCCAGGACGGGGAAUUAUAUUCCUCGAACCCAGGAUCCAGAACUUUCAGCAGUCAGGGUGGUGCACCGAUGUUUUUGAGAGAAGCUGCCGGGGCCGCGGCCGCAGUCUGGGCAUGAGGAUGGCGGUGGGCUCAGUCAAGAUACAGCCGCCGUGCGAGAACCUGGCCCUGGCCGCAGCGGUGGCGGCGGCGGACAGCGCUCUGCGCCGCAGUCCCAGCGCCCGCGAGCCGGAGCACGAGCAGCCGCCGGGGUCGCUGCGGCCGCGGCUGAAGGACCUGCCUGCACUGCUGCAGAGCAGGCUCACGCUGUGGAGAAAGCGGAGCCGCCGGGGGCCGGGACCGGACGGAGCCGGUGUGGGUUCCAGAACGCCUGACAAGAAGAGUCCCGACAAAUACAUCUGAGUUAAAUAUAACCACUUUGGCCAUUACUUCCCAGGUGCUUAUCCCGCUGUCUCCUUCUAAUAUGACCUCUAAUGCCACUCAUUUUAAGGCUUCUCCUUAUUGCACCCCUGAGUAUGGCUUCCCUCCUAUGUUUACACCUUGUCAAGAUCACUCUUGGGAGAAGCAUCAGGUCGCUAAAGGUUUCUCCCUUUCCCCCUCUCUUAAAAGAUACUUGUAUAAUUCUUCCAACAAUAAUUCCUCUAUAGGAGCGGGUUGGUCCUGGUUUCAAUGGUUGAUUUCCAAUGAAAAGGGGGCCACAGCCGAUAUUUCCGCUUUGGCUCAAUUACGAGGAGUCCAAAGUUGGCUGUUUAAUGUUUCUGGCAGUACCCAAGACUCGGGGUGGGGUAGGAGACUCAAAUCUAUUUCACACAAUGCACUAUUAGGUAAUGCAACGUUACCCUCUGCAGCAGUCUGUCUCCAAUCUCCGUUUCUGUUCCUUUUGGCUAAUGUUACAUCACAGAGGAUGCUUAAUUGCUCUAAUAUUACCUGUUACUUGUCUGAGUGUUGGAAUGGAUCCUGGCCUAUGGCAGUGGUUAUGAAAAUUCCAACUUUUGUCCCGAUCCCGGUUACUGCGGAUCCAGAGUCAUUUCCUAUUGUUGAACUGAUUAGAGCCCGUAGAGAUUUUGGAAUUACGGCAGCUAUAGUGACAGCUGUGGCGGUAUCUGCUGCUGCAGCAGUUACAGCUGGAGUAGCCAUGACCAGCCAGGUACAAACUGCUGCCACUAUUAAUCAGGUUAUUCAACAAACUUCCACCAUACUUGAGUCUCAAAGUAAAAUUAAUCAACACAUUUUAUCUGGGAUUCUGGCUGCUAAUCAAAGGAUAGAUCUGCUUCAAGCUCAAGUUGAGGAAUUGUCUGACCUAGUACAUUUGGGUUGUGUUGAUCAACGUGCACAUUUAUGUAUAACCUCUGUCAGAUUUAAUGAUUCCAGGAAUGCCUCCCGCAUCAUCGGAGAGUAUCUAUCCGGAACCUGGUCCAUGGAAGCAGAAAACUUGAUCCAGUCUCAACCAACUCAGAUUGCUGUUUUGAAUAGCUCCCGUGUCGAACCAGUGACUUUGGGUCAAUUCACCAGUUGGCUAUCCUCUGCCUUUUCCUUUUUUAAGGAAUGGGUGGGAGUGGGCAUUUUUGGUGCUAUGUGUUGCUUCGGUGUUGUGCUUUGUUUGUGGCUUCUCUGUCGCCUAAGAGCUCACCAUAGCCAAGAAAAGGCUAUGAUCGUCCAGGCUUUUGCAGCCCUAGAGAAUGGUAUCUCUCCACAAAUCUGGCUUGCACAUCUUAAACAGUGAUUUCUGGGCAGGGCCAUUGCACCCCAAGUUAGUUUCACAUUGCACUGGGAUUGGCAUGUCCUCUUCCUUAUUCUCUCCCAGUGCUGAAUAGCCCUUGCACUCUGCAGGUCUUGUUACCAUUGCACGCAGAUGGGUUUCAGGACUGGUCUUUCUUCUCGGCUACAGACUCUUUACCUUCCUCUGGGGUUUAGGGAUUGUGUUGCCAACUUAAAUUUUGUCAUUACUACCAGGCUACUUGUGUUAUCCUACUUCUCACCGUCGUCACGAUGCAGGAUGCGAGGCAAAGCACUGCACUUGAGUGAUCACUCAACGGACCUCAAGGAAAGCAUGUCCUAUUGCAUGCGGGUUUGAUGUCCACGCCCCGCCCUACGAAAAAAGGCGUCGGCUGAUAUGGGACCAGGUCUAGGGAAGGGCCCUCCUUAGGACUGAACCAUACACUGCAGCCACUUCUGCACAGUGGGAUAGGACCUCUACUUUCGCCUGCAUUGUUAUAUAAAAUAGAAGGGGGAACUGUGGUAAGCCAUUCUUAUAGACCGUGGCCACCAUUAGAAGAUGGCUCCGGCUUCCACUGUGGCCUGUGAUAAACAACUCCUUUUUUGGAGAGUUGGCGUGCAAUCCCUUACCACCCUAUGAGAGAGAUCCACGUGGCAGCUUGGGAUUGCUAUGCAGGAGGCUUUAUUAGGCUGUGCUUGGGCGCUCGGCGGGGGUCACUAGAAGAUGAUACUUGAAUCAAGGCCUGAAUAAACUGCUGAAAGAAGAAUCCUGUGUCGUGUUUUCCCUUGCCGGCGAGUGGUCGCGACAGGUAGAAAAUUUU